AUGGUUUAUGUGAAGAUAAUCAUCACAUGUGGCAACCCUUUGUUGUUAUACUUUCGUAUGUAUGGCCUUUAUGCGUGUAUAAAUAUGCUACUUUAUGUUUAUAUAACUUGUGCUGUUCAUUUCAAGAUGAACUUCGUUAAAAGAUUAUCAGAAUCACCUGACCUCAACUCCAUCCCAUCAAUCUACACCUACUCCACGAACCCUAAUGAAUCCCCUGUUUCAAACUCUCAAGAUUCAAUCCCCACCAUUGAUUUUUCCCUACUCACAUCCCCUGAUCCUUCCUUACGUUUGCAAGUUAUCCAGGAGCUAGGUGACGCAUGCAAAGAUUGGGGCUUUUUUCAGGUGAUUAAUCAUGGGGUUCCCGAAGAUUUGAUGAACAUGGUUGUUGAAAAAUCGAAUGAAUUUUUCAAUUUGACAGAUGACGAGAAGAAAGAUUUUGAAGAAAAGGAUGUUCUUGAUCCAAUUAGAUAUGGAACAAGCUUUAAUUCUAAGAAAGAUAAGGUUUUUUGCUGGAGGGAUUUUCUGAAAGUUAUUGUACACCCGGAAUUUCACUCUCCCAACAAACCUGUAGGUUUCAGUGAGAUUAUGUUGGAGUACUCCAAAAGAACCAGAGAAGUAGUAAGAGGGUUACUUAACGGGAUAUCAAUGAGCUUAGGACUCGACCAAUGUUGCAUAGAAAAUACUUUGAAAUUGGAAUCCGGCGGACUUCAGAUCAAACACAAUGGCAAAUGGGUCAAUGUGAAUGAUACCUUUCCUGGCUCGUUUCUCGUCAAUACUGCGGACCACCUUGAGAUUUUUAGUAAUGGGAAGUACAAGAGUGUGGAGCAUCGUGCAAUCGUAAAUAAUGUGGCGACGAGGAUAUCGGUAGUUGUAGCGAAUGGGCCGUCGUUGGAUACGGUGGUGAGGCCGGCUUAUGAGUUGGUAGAUGAAGAAAGGUGUCCCGCAUCGUUUGUUCCAAUGAAAUAUAGAGAGUAUCUAGAAAUGCAACAAGGCAACCAAAUUGUUGGAAAAACUUGUUUGGACCGGGUGCGGGUCGUCCAAUAUGGUUGCAACGGACGAGUUCAUGGUCUAGGUGGCCACGAACAACGACCGUACACAUCAUCCCGGUAG